ACAGAAUGGCAGAUUAUUUCUCUCUGGGAAUAAUUCUCUUUGAAGUGGCCUUCAAAUAUCACCCAUUCUACGUUGGCGAGGACAAUGACAAGGUGAAGAAAUCCAUACUCCAGGAUGAGCCAUGUUAUCCAGAAGAGGCCAACCCUAAUCUCCUGGACUUACUGGCAAAGCUCCUGCGCAAAGACCCGAAGACCCGCAAAAAGGAUGUUGCCAACAUAAAAGACCACCCAUUCUUCAAUGGAAUAAAUUGGAAAGAGCUGCAAGUGAAGAAGCCUCCUCCCCCAUUUCAUAUACAUAAGAAGAACCCCGAAACCAUACAAAAAAAUAAAAUGGAGCUGGAAGAAAUCACAGACCAAACAAAGUCUGUUAAAGCCAAGGAUCAGGAAAAGUUUGUUGGUUUUUCUUUUGUCAGCGACAAAUGGAGAACCUUGUAGAAAGGAAAUGAAAGACCUCAUAAACCAAGAAGAUAUUUUAUCUAAGGAACAUGGCAACCAGGAACAGAUCCACUGCUGAAUCGGAGCUGAUCAGGAUGGACAUUAGCUUUUAACUUCAAUGCCUGUUCAGUU